AUGGCAUCCUUACCACCAGGUGCAUCACCUUUGAUACUGACACAGGAGGAGCUCCUUUCAGUGUCAUUGAAGUAUCCAGAAAUCAACUUCGACUCCAUUGACGCGGCGAUGGGCACGGCGGCUACCAAACCAAGCGAAGAUGACUCGACCAGUCGCACUUCGCCAGACACAAAAUCGGCACCAGACACCGUCGAAUCGUCGCCAUCCUCUCAUCAUGACAAUGACAACGACGAGAGCCGCAUCACUGACUCCACUGCCCGAACAACACCACUCAAGCAUCUCAUGUUCAGAGAGCCCAUUCCGCAGACCAAUCCUUACAAAGAGUACUUAGGUGAAGUGGAUCGUAGCGACCUCCCGGAUGCUACCAAGUCAUAUUUGCGGUGCUUGGCUUCUGAGAUGGUGCGAAUCGGAGCCCUGUUGCGCGAGAACUUCGAGAAUACUGAGACCGACGAUGAGGGAAGCAAGUUGAUUGAUGAGGGAAUUUCCAGACUUGUCAAGAUGGUGCAGACUUCCGCGAAGAACUGUAACGACCAAACCUCAACCAUAACAUGGCUCACCGGGCUCGCCAUCUUCGCCGUUGUUCCUACAGAUGUUGCGCUCUGGUCAGUGUAUCGUCAGCGAGUCAUUUUGACCACGAAGUACCUCAAUGCCCCAUCCAUGACCGAAUUCAACCUCAUCAAACUCCUCCCGCAGAUCUACGACGCCUACAUCCACUCUGACUUCCUCCACUACAUCCGCCGCUCCGUCCACUUCCGCUCUGCCUUCUCCUCCGGCAUCAAUGACCUUACAACCGCUGUCCACGGCUUUCCCACCGCAUACCGUCAGUGGUUCAUGACGAUGACCUCGUACUGCAGCACCUACAUGUCACCCCUCCUUGUCCGCAUUCAGGAGUCCGCCUGGGUGAAGCGCGAGAUCGAGCAGUCGGAACUGAGUCUGGCCACGGCGAAGACGAGUUUGGAGAAGAGACAUGCCAGUGGGGAGAUUGCGCAGGUAUUGAAGGAGGAUCAAGUGCGUGGUGUGAAGAUCUUGGCUGAUGGACGAAGUCGCAGCUCGGUCGUGCCUACGGAUGGUGAUGCUAGCGAGGAGGGCACUGAGCAUCUGGCGGAGCAGUUGGUUGAUGGCGACAAGCCGUCUGUGAAGCGAAGUGGCUCGAGCCGGACGGGAGCUAGGGUUAGACGCGAACACACCAUGUGA